AUGGAUCAUCUCGGUGGGCCACUGUCGCAGCCACUACUAACACCGAAGAAUGUGAUCGUUGGAAUAGAGAUCGGGAUGACAUGUACAGGCGUUGCAGUAUGGUCCGACCUUUGUCCUAUGCUUAAUGUCAUCCAGAAAUGGCCCAUGAGGCCUGGAUCUCGGCCUACUGUCGUCAAUAAAGUACCCACAAAGGUUGCUUAUGAAGCUGGAAAAGCUUCCAUUGACUCAUGGGGCUUUGGAUGCCCGGAGGUUGAUAAAAUUGGACCUGCCAUGGCUGUCAAAGACCUGUUUAAGUUCCUCCUGGACCGAGAUUACUUCAGGAAAGAGUUCGAGGGGAACUUUGAUGCUGCUCCUGGGACCGUUGAUGAUGUGGCACUAUGGUAUGGGGACUUUUUGCGAGCUUUACACGAACAUAUUGUUCACUGCCUUGAGGAUGGAUGGAAUGUGGACCUCGAACUCACCAAAGUUGAAUACAAUUUCAGCAUCCCUACACCUUGGGCGGAUAAUGACAAGCUGAUCGAAAUGUUCCGCGAUAUUGUGGAAGAGGUUGGAUUUGCCCAUGGUAACGAGAGCGUUGUCAUGCAACUGACGGAAGCGGAAGCAUCAGCAGUGUUUACUGUUAAGCAGCACAAAUUUAGAUUCAAGGAUAUGGGUGCUAUGCAGGUGGUCAAGGUUACGGACGAGGCUGUUCAACUCGAUAAUCUCGAUCAACCGAAAGCUCUUCCUGUUGGCUCUCUCAACAUCGACGAUCUGUUUGAGAGAUAUGCCACGAGAAUCUUAGACAGGCUUAGGCUCACAUAUCCACAUUUACCGCAGCAUAGAGCCCACCAAAUCAUGAGAAACAGCUUCCAAGUCGUUAAACAUGCCUUUGGUACACCAGCAGCGCUUCCGAUUUCGCGAUUUGAGGUAUCAGUGCCGCCAGAGGGCCCAGAAGAUCCAGGGGAGCCGCAGUUGCUCGAAAGAAUAGAACUGACACAUGAAGAGCUUAAAGCUAUGUUUGACGAACAGCUUGUCAAGAUUUUCGAGUUCAUUGACAAUGAAAUUGCAUAUCUCAAGUGGUACAUCCCUGAUAAAAACCUGUCUUACCUUAUUCUGAAUGGAGAGUUCUGCUCGUCCCGAUAUGUUCAAGACGAAAUCGCCCGCCGAUACAAUGAAGUCAAGACACUCUUUCCUCUGCACCCCGAAGAUGGACCUCUCACCGUGUGCAAGGGCUUGGUCAUCGACCGCUUACAGAAGAGAGCCCAAGAGCUUCUCGAUACUUCGUGUCAAAGGAGUGAACCGAGACGGCCAUACCGCUCGUUGUUCCAAGAAAUAUUUGAUGAGAAGAACGAUGCUCAGUUUUUCAAGAUAGGGCAACUCAGAUGGAAUAAGCCCAUUCGCAAUAGAAACAUAGAAGUUUGCCCAAGCGGGAAUGAUUCGAGCUGUGGUGGUAAGCUUCAUGAAUUGAUUGAUGAUGAUGCUGCUGCCAAGGACUGGUACCUGGGAUCACGAUGCUGUACUACUCCGUACCAUUCUUCGAAAGUGUAUCUCCGUCCGCACUCGGAGAUGAAUUCGAUGGCCUCGAUUGAUUGGCGUCCGAGCUCCCGAGAUGAUACCAAGCCUUAA